AAAAUUUGUGUGCUUACUUUUGUGCUUGACGACGAUAAAUCUUCUUUUGUAAAGAGAAUACAUGGUUUUAACAGAUAGUUUUGCUUCACAGAUUAGCAAAACAUGAGUUCGUUGAAAAAAUGCCCAAGGACGUACCGAGUGCAAUUCGGACCGAACGUCCCGACCGACUGGACCCGAAGCAUUUGUCUUAGAUUCAUAAAGGAGAUAGAGAAGCGCGAAUGCCUAUGGAACAAAGAUGCACCUGGCUACAAAAGCCCAAUUAAACAACUUGAGGCAUGGUUAUUCUUGGCGAAGGAAUUUGGGAUUCACCACAAUUUACUUCGCAAUAAGUGGAGAUCCCUUCAAAGCUCCUUCAGACACUUUUGCAAUAAGCAAAAGGCUGCAAAUGAGACUGGAGACUCACCGCCAACCUGGUACGCGUACGAUGCUAUGCAGUUUGUGAUGAACAAGAAAAGUCACGACCCGUUGGUGGAUAUAGGACAAUUAUCUUCGACAAUAAAAGUCAAGAAUCUGUCCGAACUCUCCAGCCGGGCAGAGUCGCCAGCCCCAGGCACAUCCACAGAGUCAUCGCCAUUUGCACCACCAAUGGAAGUGAGGAUUGUUGAUGCGAAAAGUAUAUUGUCUGGGGGCACCGCAAUCACACCAUCAUCCAGUUCCGAGCAAAAACAGCCCGAAUCUCAACUGACACCAGAUCUACCGCACUACCUAAUCCCUUCCUCAAAGCAAGCUCAACCUCGCAAACAAAUCACCUCCUCAAAUCAGACCACACAAAAUCUACCGCCGUACGUAAUCCGGACGGGAUCAAAACAAGCCACAGUAGCUCAACCACGCUACCGCACUAUGAAGCGCCGGUUGGAGGAUACCACUCUUUCCUAUGACAGAAACAUGCUUAGGGUGUUGGAAAAUGUGUCCGCGGUGACCGAUCGUCUGGUUGAGGAAAGACAAACGGCGAAAUCAGAUGGGCAGACUUUUGGCGAGUGGGUUGGCGGCAUGCUGGAUGAGUGGUCGCCUGAUAGGAGGCAGUCGGCCAAAGUGGCCAUCCGUCGGUUCAUUGCCAAAAAAGACGCUGCGCGGUUUAGGGAACGAGUGGGAAAGAAUGUAGAAAAGAUGUACGAAAGUAGCGAUAGUGACGUAUGAUAAGCGUAGCAGCUACAAUAUUAGAGAUAAGUGAAGCCGUAAAAUGUGUGACUUUGCAUUCUUAACAGGAGUGAAAGAAAAACCUGUUUCAUUCUUUUCAUUUAUUAGUUAUUAGGCUGGGUUAGCCUGCGCGCGAAUGAGCUGGGUUUGGGGCGCUACGUUCUUGUGGACUACGCAACUCCUAACAGCUUCUGUGCAUCAUCUCUUUUAUCACAUCGACCCAACGACAACUGCGCAACAGGUCUUUCGAAUUGCUUCACUUUACUUUCAAUUUACUUUACACCAAUACUUUCAGCGUUUUGUAACAGAAAUUUAAAUGGCUAAAUAACAC